GGAGUUUGCUGCGUUCACGGAGGAGGAGUGCCGGGUGCCUGGACGGGUGCUCGUCAGCGUUUGCGGACGAAUGAACGAGCGAAUGAGUGGAUCUCCCUCUGUACCUCUCCUGUAAGGACACCUGUCAUUGGAUUUAGACCCUCAGUCCAGGAUGGUCUCCUCACCUUGACAUCCUUCACCGACAUCCGCAAGGACCCUUUUGCCAAAUAGGUUCACACUCACAGGUGCCGGAGCAUAGCACGUGGACGCGGCAGGUUCACACUCACAGGCCAUGUUCGAGCUGGUGACUUCCGAGGCCUCCUACUACAAAAGCCUGAACCUGCUGGUGUCCCACUUCAUGGAGAACGAGCGCCUGAAGAAGAUCCUGCACCCGUCCGAGGCGCACAUCCUCUUCUCCAACGUGCUGGACGUCAUGGCCGUCAGCGAGCGGUUUCUCUUGGAGCUGGAGCGCCGGAUGGAGGAGAACAUCGUCAUCUCGGACGUGUGUGACAUCGUGUACCUCUACGCCGCCGACCACUUCUCUGUCUACAUCACCUACGUCAGUAACCAGACCUACCAGGAGAGGACCUACAAGCAGCUGCUCCAGGAGAAGGCAGCCUUUCGGGAGCUGAUCGCGCAGCUGGAGCUGGACCCCAAGUGCAGGGGGCUGCCCCUCUCCUCCUUCCUCAUCCUGCCUUUCCAGAGGAUCACGCGCCUCAAGCUGUUGGUCCAGAACAUCCUGAAGAGGGUGGAAGAGAGGUCUGAGCGGGAAGGCACUGCCCUGGAUGCCCACAGGGAACUGGAGCUGGUGGUAAAAGCAUGCAACGAGGGCGUCAGGAAAAUGAGCCGCACGGAGCAAAUGAUCAGCAUUCAGAAGAAGAUGGAGUUUAAGAUCAAGUCGGUGCCCAUCAUCUCCCACUCCCGCUGGCUGCUGAAGCAGGGCGAGCUGCAGCAGAUGUCAGGCCCCAAGACGUCCCGGACCCUGCGGACCAAGAAACUCUUCCGGGAAAUUUACCUCUUCCUCUUCAACGACCUGCUGGUGAUCUGCCGGCAGAUUCCGGGAGACAAGUACCAGGUGUUUGACUCGGCCCCGCGGGGCCUGCUGCGAGUGGAGGAGCUGGAGGACCAGGGCCAGACGCUGGCCAACGUCUUCAUCCUGCGGCUGCUCGAGAACGCGGACGACCGGGAGGCCACCUACAUGCUGAAGGCGUCCUCUCAGAGCGAGAUGAAGCGUUGGAUGACCUCGCUGGCCCCCAACCGAAGAACCAAGUUUGUUUCCUUCACGUCCCGGCUGCUGGACUGCCCCCAGGUCCAGUGUGUGCACCCAUACGUGGCCCAGCAGCCGGACGAGCUGACGCUGGAGCUGGCUGACAUCCUGAACAUCCUGGACAAGACAGAGGAUGGGUGGAUCUUUGGCGAGCGUCUGCAUGACCAGGAGAGAGGCUGGUUCCCCAGCAACAUGACUGAGGAAAUCUUGAAUCCAAAGAUUCGGUCCCAGAACCUCAAGGAGUGUUUCCGUGUCCACAAGAUGGAUGACCCUCAGCGCAGCCAGAAUAAGGACCGCAGGAAGCUGGGCAGCCGAAAUCGGCAGUGACCCCUGGCCCCCGGCCUGGCCGAGGGACGUGGGCGGGCGGCCCCCAGCGGACAGCGGAGGGGCUCAGCGGGAAGGCCGGGCGCGGCCGCAGGCAGCGGGGUGUGACCUGGGGUGCCUCGGCAGGAGUCGCCUCCAGCCCUCACCCCCGCUACGUGGUUAGUGCUCAUGUGUCUUCUUGGCCCCUCGCUCACGAACUGCAGAAAAGGUGCCCACGUCUCUCCUCUGCUGCAUUUGUAAAUGAAAAAGUGUAUUUUAAACAGCGUUACACCACCUCUUCUUCUUGUCUCUUGGGAGGGACAGACAGAGGACGGGCAUGCUCCAGGGCCCUUCCCAGGCACUGAGAGGCCCCAGACCCAGGGUGUCCCUGGCCAAGGGCAGGUGCAAAGGUGAUGAGGAUGUCAUGACCCCUGCACGUGUCCUCUCCCCUGGAAGCUGUUAGAAUCGGCCAGGUGCACAGAUGGACCACCCUUGCCUGAUGAGCUUGACGAGGGCCCUUUGGUCUCCGACUCAAAGGACUGCGAGACCAACCGCCUCUGUCCACCUCCGCCCCAAGCCUCUGCCAGUCUCUGGCUGCACGGCCAGGCCUGCCUCACGGCCACCAGAGCUUGGCUGAGGGCCCACGCCGCCUUUGGCUCCCUGAUGGGCUGGAGGUAACUUGUAUCUUCUGGCCCCUUCCGGAGCCCAGGUGUUAUAAAGAGAUGACUUGGUCACUGCAUCCUGUAUAUGGGUUAUGGUUCCGAGAAAAGCAAAUAUCAUUUCUGGCUGCAUUAAAAGAAGCAUCAUGUAUAAAAUAAAAGAGAGGAAGGUCUACUCUUUAUUACCCUUGUGCGCACAAGAAUGAGGUGUUUCGGUCUGGCAGGGAGAGAAGAGCGCCCUUCAAGCCCAGUGGAGGAGGUGUGUCCCAGGGAAAGGGCUAAGGAGGCUUCCCGUGGAGGAAGAAGCAGCCAGGGUUGGGGCCUCAGGACGGGAGUGGAUUUGGACCUCCACUUGUGGAGGGACUCCAGAAACGGAAUAAGCUGUUUGAGGCAGUGGGGGACACCCUUCUGCAGGUUGAGAAGGCAGGUUUGAACACUGUGGGACAGAGGUGUCAGGGGGUGGUGGUCCCAUUAGGGAUCUGACCACCAGGUUUGGGACUGCGGCUUCCCACCUGGCCAGUCACUGGCCUGGGACACUUCUUCCCACCUCCAGAGGCGGCAGCCAGUUACCGGAGGCUGCAGCUGGCCCUCGGAGCCACCCGACACCCGG